CACGUCUAUUGCGCUGACGAUGAGCUCAUUCUGCCACAACUGAGAUACCUUCUUCAAUUGAAAUUGCUACCGUCAUUGGCAACACCUUUGGAAGGAGACCCUGCUUUUGAGUCGUCAUGGACAUACCGGCCGCAGCCAACGCUCUCGGCACACUUGGUGCAGUCUGCUGGUCUACUCAGCUCAUCCCGCAAAUUGUCAUCAACUACCGACGCCAUAAUGCCACCGGUCUUCAGCCCUCAAUGAUGAUGCUCUGGGCCUGGGCCGGCGUACCCCUAGGCGUCUACAACAUCGUCGAGGACUUCAACAUUGCCCUGCAGAUUCAGCCCCAGAUUCUCACGUUUCUGAGUCUCGCAACUUGGAUCCAAUGCUUCUACUAUCAAAGAAAUUGGUCCAUCCUCCGCUCCCUCGCCGUCGUAGCCCCCAUCGCAACCGCCAUGGCCGGCAUCCAAGUCGCCCUCGUCAUCGGACUUCACAUUGUAAAACACCGCGGCACAGAAUGGCCCAUGAUCCUCAUGGCUUCCCUCUCCGCCGCCCUGCUGGCCGCCGGGGUACUCCGGCACUACUGGGAUAUCUACCUCCACCGCACCGUGCGCGGCAUAUCCUUCAUCUUUGUCGGCAUCGACGCCGCGGGCGACGUGUUUUCCCUCGCGUCUAUAUUCUUUCAGCCUCGGGUUGAUGUGUUGGGGAUUGUUAUUUACGCGACUGAGUUUGUGCUUUGGUGCGGGGUGUUUGCGUGUGGGGGGUACUUUAAUUUGCUGCCUUGGGCAAGGAAGAGAUUGCGGGCGAGGGAGGAAGAAGAGACGCCGGGCUCGGCUGCCGUGGCUAAUGGCAUUGUUUUGCAUGGUAUGCCUUCUUCGACAUCCGUCUUCCGGACCGCGUCUAGAGAUGAUUCCGGGCUUCGGUCUAGGACUGUCGCUUCGCUGUAACUCCGGAGCCAAAUUCAUCAUCUAGUGCAGCGUCUGCGUUAGAAAGUCGAAAGUCGAAAGUCGGGUAACUAUUCGUCACCUCGAAAGGCAAAAGGUACGAAAUCAACGCUUUCGAAGUCUGUCUAUCUAGGUGGGGUCAGAGAACGCCGGCUUUAGUGUACACCUAACCCGAGCUUCGCCGACGAGACCGUACCCGUAGGUUCUACUAUUUAAGAAUCCAUGGAUCUCCGAUCUGUCCCCGAUACUGGGCCCAGUACUGCAGACCGGAGGCUAGUUCGCGGUGCCCACUUCUCAUGGAUUAGGAGGUAUCGGCGGGUUGUGGUUUUCCA